AUCAUCUCGUACACUGGAUGGAGGGCUCCUCCCCUCUUUUCGGCUGAUCUGGGAUCUGCCGGCUGAGCCUCUCUUCUCUUCAUCCUCAUCCUCAUCCUCAUCCUCAUGCCGCUCAGUCCCUCGUCCGGCAGCGACCGUGUCCAGACGGCGCGGACGCUCGUAGUCGGAGGAGCGAGCCAUGGGGAAAUAUUUGUUGGUCUAAUAUUUGCCGUACAUGUGAGGUGAAGAGGGUGGUCCGAAGAAAGAUGGAUGCGUGCGGUGGUGGUCCCGGAGAAGUCUCUUCUUGCGUGGUGGACUUACACGCGUGACCAGGCCAGCAGUGCCCGACACAACAGCAUGGCGAAGGUCAGCAGCGAAAUCUCCUAUUCCACCAGAUGCCGCUUGUCCAGUCACACGUCCGACGAGGAGCUGGCUGUCAUCGAAAAUGGAGACAGCAGUCACAAUUCCGAGAGGGCGCUGUCGUCUAAGUCCAACAGAACUCUCUUUACUGGUCCAGGAGCAAUGGCCAGGCUCUCUUACUUCUUCCACAUGCUGCGCAACUGGGCCUUCAACAGGAUGAACCCUGAGGUACCGGCGAGGCACGACUCCUUCCUGGAGCGCUUCCGAGGCCCUGAGCUCAAAGAGGUCUGCAGACGCGAGAGCGACACCCAGUCCGUGGGCCGCAACGGCACAAUGCACAGAAAGAAUCUUGGAAGUAACUGGCCGCUAGCUACCUACAACAUGAAUAACUGCAACAACACAGACGACAAAAAGGAAGACAAGAAAGAGGAGAUAAAAAAAAAUGAGAAGGACGAUAAGAAGGAUGAGAAGAAAGACGAGAAGCAGGAUGAGAAAAAAGAUGAGAAGAAGGAUGACAAAAAGGAUGAGAAAAAGAAAGAGGAGCCCCCGAAGGAGGUUUGGAUCAUGGACCCGGCUUUAGACAUGUACUACCGGUGGCUCACGGUCAUCGCUGGCCCGGUGUUUUACAAUCUGAUAAUGAUUGUUACCAGGGCCUGCUUCAAUGAACUUCAGGACCGCUUCACUAAACUUUGGCUCUUCUUGGACUACACCGCAGACUUCAUCUACUACACAGACACGUUUGUCAGGUCAAGAACAGGCUACCUGGAGCAAGGCCUGCUGGUGAAGGAUGCUACGAAGCUGAGAGCCAAAUACAGGACCACGUCGCAGUUCAAAUAUGACAUGAUUUCCAUGAUCCCCACUGAUUUGCUCUUCCUGAAAUAUGGAUUCAACAACCCCGAGUUCCGCUUCAACCGCCUCUGCAAGAUCUCCAGGCUAUUCGAGUUCUUCGAGAGGACCGAGACCAGGACCAGCUUCCCCAACAUGUUUCGCAUCAGCAAUCUCGUGCUAUACAUCCUGAUCAUCAUCCACUGGAACGCCUGCAUCUUCUUCGCCAUUUCCAAGACCAUCGGUUUCGGCUCAGACACUUGGGUAUACCCUAAUAUCAGUCACCCGGAGUAUGGACGCUUGGCCAGGAAGUACAUCUACUCCCUCUACUGGUCCACGCUGACCCUCACCACCAUCGGGGAGACACCUCCGCCGGUGAAAGAUGUGGAGUACCUCUUCGUCAUCGCUGAUUUCCUCACCGGUGUGCUCAUCUUCGCCAGUAUUGUCGGUAAUGUGGGCGCCAUGAUCUCCAACAUGAACGCCUCCCGUGCUGAAUUCCAGGCCAAGAUCGACUCCAUUAAGCAGUACAUGCAGUUCCGUAAGGUCACCAAAGAGCUGGAGGCACGGGUGAUCAAGUGGUUCGACUACCUGUGGACGGAGAAGAAGACCUGCGACGAGAAGGAGGUUCUGAAGAACCUGCCGGACAAGCUCAAGGCCGAGAUCGCCAUCAACGUCCAUCUUGACACGCUGAAGAAAGUGCGCAUCUUCCAGGACUGCGAGGCGGGACUCCUUAUCGAGCUGGUGCUCAAGCUGGAGCCUCAAGUCUUCAGCCCCGGGGACUACAUCUGCAAGAAAGGUGACAUCGGCCGGGAGAUGUACAUCAUCAAGGAGGGCAAGCUGGCGGUGGUAGCAGACGACGGCGUCACGCAGUUCGUGGUCCUCAGUGAUGGUGCAUACUUCGGAGAGAUUAGCAUCCUCGGUAUCAAGGGCAGCAAGGCUGGGAACCGAAGAACCGCCAACAUCCGAAGCGUGGGCUACUCGGACCUCUUCGCCCUCUCCAAGGACGACCUGAUGGAGGCACUCACAGAGUACCCAGACGCUAAGAAGGCCCUGGAGGAGAAGGGCAAGGCCAUCCUGAUGAAGGACAACCUGAUUGACGAGGCGGUGGCCAACGCCGGAGCCGACCCCAAGGACCUGGAAGAGAAGCUGACCAGGCUGCAGGACAAUUUGUAUGCCAUGCAGACCAAGUUCGCUCAGCUCAUGGCCGAGUUCACCUCCAGCCAGACGCGCAUGAAGCAACGCGUCAGCCAAAUGGAGGCCCAGGUGAAGGCCGUCAAACCCGAGGACCUGUCGGAAGUGGUGGCCGACAAGGAGAAGAAGGUUCAGUGAAGAAAGACUUUCGAGGGAGUGAAGAACUUUCCCACUUCUCUUUAUACAUCUGCCCAAUUGUGUACAGAGAAUCUCUGUGAAUGCCAUGAAUAGCAAGAAGUAUUUGACGCGCUUACAAAAAGGUUUGUAAUUGCCUGGUUAACUUGUGAGAUACUCGGUUAUGCAGGUCACGGUGGUCACUGUAUGCACGUCCAGCUUAAAGAUCACCCGGACCAUUUUGAAGGUCCCUCGGCGUCGAGCUUUUUCUUUCUUUCUUUCUCUUUUUUUCCCACAGUGUGAAUAUGCCGUGACGCGCUGCCUCUCACGGGUCAAUUCGGAUACUACGUCACGUUAUGUCUUUUAUUAUGCGAGAAAAAACAAAAUAAAUCACCUUUGUCCCUUCAUAGGCUACUGCAGGUUGAGCAAGUCCAAACAACCCCAACAAUGCCCCCGCAGUAAAGUCAUCUUUGUUACUGUACAUAUGUAUGUAUCAAAUAUUUAUGCACAUUACGUUAAGAUGUCUCACUGUAUUUGUCUGCAUGGUCAUUUUGUAGAUAAAAAUAAAACAUUACAACAUG